AAUUUAAACUUAACAUCAAAGAAAAAUCAAUAAAAACCAUAUGUACAACGCUAGACAACGAUAUGUCGGCGGUUUGGAUAGUAAGCCAACCACCAGGUUCACGAUCAGAUGGAAAUAUUGAUCCUGGAUAAGGCAUCUGUGUUGUUCCGUCUGUUAGCAAACACGUUUUACUACAGUACUAAUUACAGUACUUAUAUUAGAUUUAUAAUUCAUUCAUCUUUAAAAAUUAAACAACAAUAGUGAAUAUCGCAUAAUAGUAAUCUAUUACAAGUGAUCACAACAUUUUUAGUAGUUUUCAAAAUAUUUCAAUUUUUCAUUCAAAGUUUAAUUGUAUGUAUAAUAAAUAGUGACAUAUUAAUGAUAUAUCUUUCAUUCAUGAAUCCAUUCAAGUGAAAGUUUUAACGAAUAACUUUUCUGAAAAAUUUUAAACGUAAUGGAGUCCUGACAAUCAUUGAUAAAAAUUUGCCGAUAUAUUACCCUCAAUACGAGGGUAAUAAAAAGCAGGUAAAGACAAAAAAUUUAAGUGAUUGAUUUUCCAUAGUGAUUUUCCAUAUGUGUACAUUUUAGGUUCCAUAUAUAUAUAUAUAUGUGUGUGUGCGUGCGUGUGCGUGUGUGUGUGUGCAUCAAAAUUAAUUGAUGUGGUAACAUGCAUAUAUGUUUAAAGCAAAUGAUAGCGGGAAAUGUUAUAAGAACAAAAAUCAGUUUAUUAUAACAUUUCGAUGCGUCUAUUCGCGCGCUUCUACGCGACAAAGUUUGAUCUCUGUAAUUUUAAUACUCCAUAAAAACAUUAAAUAUUCUGUAGAUAUUCUUUAACUUGUAAAAAAAAAAGGAAACAGUGCAUCUGAAAUUUUUAAUUUUUACAUGAAUAUUGUGUUCUUCAAUGUAAAGAGUAAAAUUGUAUUCGUACAGAUUUAUCACUUUAAACAAUUGUACAUUAUAUUUCAUAAUCAUUUCAUAACAAUCGUUAUUUGAAUAUUAUUAUAAUUACGAUGAAAAUUAUGUAAAGAAAUUUAAUCGUAUAAAUACAAUUUCGCAUUAUGCUCUAAUAAAGAUAACUAGAUGAUUUGUUCUUCACCAAUCUGCCUUAAACGAAGAUGCCUCUGCCAAAUAUUCUCAAAAAGGCAAGCAGUUAUAUUUUAGGCGAUUGUAAUCAAGAUAAUCGUCGUACUAUAUAUCAGGAUGGCGAGGCAUUAUUUUGUAAGAAUAAUGUUUGCGUUCAUCCACCAACUUUAAUGAGACAAAAUUCUGAUGUGGUACAUCAUCCCGGAUACAUGGCCAUAACCUGUAGAUUUAAUAAAAACUCGAAUGUACCAACUUUGCAUCUCAGUUGGAUUCCAAAUAGUACACUUCGUAAACAUCCGACAACAUUAGAAAAUUUAAACGUAAAAAAACUUGAUUGUAUUACCCAUCGAGAUACCGAUAUAAGUUCUCAUCAUUCUCAAAUAUCAGAAGAAAGUUGUGAUCUAAAGUGUGAAUACGAAAAUAUUGGUGAAAAAGUUGAUGUUUGUUUAGAAGUAAAGGAACCUGUCAAUUGUGGAGAUUGUGAACGAGUUUGCUCUGGUGGUUUUUCACGGAAUGCACGUUUCGAAAACGAUGAUACAAAAAACAAUGAUAAUUUAUGCGAUCAUCAAAUUAUGCUUACAUCAGAAAUUAAAGAAAUUCCAAAUGUUAAUAUCAAUCGGCAAACAAAUUAUCAUCGAUCUGAUAAUUUAUCAACUACUAUACAUGAAGAAAAUGAUCAUAGUAUCAGUUUAAAUCAAUUACGUUCUGAAUCUCUGAAUUCAAAAUAUGAUGAAAAUCAAUAUUGUAAAGAUCAAAAAGUUUCCGAAACACAUGAGAACGAUGGAAUAAGUAUUGAUGAAGAAUUGAAAUAUCCUUAUUAUGAUGAUAUAAGUCUCAAAAGUCGUAGUAUGUCAUUAACCUCUACAUGUAGUUUAUCUGUUGGCGUAUCUUCAGAAGCUGAAGAAAUUCCAUCAUGGAUGAGAUCACCUGAACUUUUGGCUUUACAACAUAACCUUACAUUUCCUGAAAGUGCAACAGCUUCACCAGUAACAUUACGUAGAGCACACAGAUGUAGAAGAUUUUCAGUGGAUCUUAGUGAAAUGAGAUCUCUAAGAUUAUUUUUUGCUGAUCCAGCUUGUACUUCUGGUCAAUUGGUUGUUGCAAGUAGAGAAAGCCAAUAUAAAAUUCUACAUUUUCAUCAUGGUGGAUUGGACCGAUUAGCAGCAACAUUACAUCAAUGGCAUCAAUUACUUUAUCCUCGAUUAGAUACUGAUGCUGAAGAAACACUUCCAUAUAGGCAUUUUAUGGUAUGUCGACCAGAGGUUAGUCGUGAUGAACUACAUCCAGAAGAAGGUCAAGUACCAAUGAUUACAUCAUUAGCUUGGAAAGAUUUAUUAAAUGAAAGAGGUCAAGUUGAAGAUGAUCUUGCUCUUCGUAAAGGAAUAUUUUUUGGUGGAUUAGAACCUGCAUUAAGAAAAAUUGUGUGGCCCUUUCUUCUUCAUUGUUAUUCAUAUCAAAGUACUUAUGAAGAUAGAGAACAAAUUGAUGCCAUUCGUAGACAAGAAUAUGAAGAGAUACAAAAACGUAGAUUGAGCAUGAAUCCAGAACAAGCAGAGCAUUUUUGGCGAAAUGUAGUGUGUAUUGUAGAGAAAGAUGUAGUUCGUACUGACAGAGGAAAUCCUUAUUAUGCUGGAGAAGAUAAUCCAAAUAUUGAAAUAAUGAAAAAUAUUCUAUUAAAUUAUGCAGUUUAUAAUUCUCGAUUAGGAUACACUCAAGGUAUGUCUGAUUUAUUGGCUCCUUUAUUGGCUGAACUCAAUUCUGAAAUAGAAGCAUUUUGGUGCUUUGCUGGAUUAAUGCAAAGAUCUGUAGCAGUAUGUACUCCUACUGAUAUAGAUAUGGACAGAAAUUUAUGUUAUUUAAGAGAAUUAGUUAGAAUAAUGGUCCCAGAUUUUUAUGCACAUCUUCAAAAACAUACGGAUGCUUUGGAACUCUUAUUUUGUCAUAGAUGGAUACUUCUAUGUUUAAAACGUGAAUUUCCUACUGAAGUAGCAUUAGUGAUGUGGGAAGCUUGUUGGGUAAAUUAUUUAACUGACCAUUUUCAUUUAUUUCUUUGUCUUGCCAUAAUGUGUGUUUAUGCAGAUGAUGUAAUAGCACAAGAUCUUAGAACAGAUGAGAUGUUAUUACAUUUUAGUUCUUUAGCUAUGUAUAUGGAUGGAAAUCUCAUAUUAAGAAAGGCGAGAGGCCUACUACAUCAUUUUCGUCGACUUGAUCGUUUACCAUGUACAUUAGCAGGACUUUGCCGACAAUGUGGUCCAGGAAUGUGGGAUAGCACUCAUGAUCCUGUUAUAGAAUGUGUGGAUCAUAAUGAUGCACCUUGUCCAUAUUUAAACAAUUAUGAAUAACGACCUAAAUUUAAUGAAAGAGAUAAAAGUAUACUAUUGUAAAAGUUGUUGAAGCUUUCAAAUUAUUCUUACGUUAAUUAAUUAAAUUAAAUAUGCUGUAACGAUCACAUGUAACAUAAAUAAGUUACAUAAAUCACAGUUAAUUAAAUGUUCUAAGUAAUAACAGAUAUUUAUGAAAGUAAUAUUUGACUUACAUAUUGUUUAUACAAAAAAAUUCUUAAUCAAUUUAAUAUCAUAAACAAAAAAUUGUACAUUAUCACAUUUUAUUUACGUAAUUACGUAAUUUAUAAACGCUCAUCAAAAAUAUCUGGCAAAUUAAGUUUAAUAAAUAAGAAAUGAAAGACAUAUCUUAAAAUUUGACAUUCAAUGAAGUUAAUUGUAAUUUAAAGAAAAUUUUAAUAACAAUACAUUAACUUCUAUAAAACAAAAAUAUUCUGAACUAAAUAAUUAAGUAGAACUUCAAUAAUUAUGACGAGUUUUAAUCGAAAACCUGUAGUACAAUUAAAGACUGAUGA